AUGAAGCGAUAUAAGCGAAUCUUGCUAUACUAUAAGCUUGCACAGUUCUUGGCGGCAUUGUACAUCAGAUGGUUCAGGAAAAGUCCAAGUCAGUACAUUUGUAUGCACCACAAAAGUCAACAAAUUUCCAUCAGAGGAAAACAUUGUCGUUAUGGUUAUCAAAGUUCUGGAACAACAGUGUGGAUCGGUUGUCGUUAUGCUUUUCUAAUUACAGCUAAUAAAAAGGAUAUUAAAAAAAUUGUUGUUAAAAAUCGUAACAACAGUAAUCAAAAAAUGAUUAUAUAUCCUGUCAAAAUAUAUCCAGUACUGUGUGAUAAACCUAUUGCUUUCAUCGAUGAACUUAGUGCAUUUAAUCUUUCCAACAGAAAGUUUCACCUUGACGAUAUAUUAAUUGAGACUUUUUGCUCGUCAGAUAUUGUCGAUGAAGCAGAAUCAUGUAUUUCGUGUGGUGUUCAUAUUGCUUUGAUUAUUACAUCUUUUUACAAUCCAUUAGCUGAUUAUUCGGAUGAACUUCGAGAAUAUUUUCAAACACCAAGACUAGUUUCGGUGGGUGAUAUCAUUGCUAUUCAUUGGCGUAAACCAUGGAGCAAAAAAACGAAAGAGAUAUUCUUCAAGAUUCUUUAUUUCGAGGAUUCGGAGGGACUGUUGGAAGCUAUCGUCGAUUCACAAAAUACAACGUUAUAUCAGGAUAAGGGAAUUUAUGACAGAAUACCAUACAGUGAUAUUACGUGUUAUGUGCCGGAACAAUUCCUAGGAAUAGCACGGCGAAUUUCUUCUCUUAUCGAAGCUAAUUGUAGAUUGAAAACAUCCUCGCCAACACUGGUUAUACUUCUUAGUGGUUCACUGGGUUCUGGAAAAAAGUUAUUCCUAAAAUAUUUAUCUUCUCUAACACAUAUGGAUGUUUACUUUUCCAAUUGGUUUGAUAUUUGGAAUAGUGCAUCUGCGAUUUAUGAAACAAAUAUUCAUAAUGCUUUUGAAAAAGCUUCAACAAGUAAUUUCUCAUUAUGGGCUCUUCUGAAUGCAGAUUUGCUUGGCUACGACACGGAUGGAGCCAAACAAGAUGCUCGAGGGUUGAUAUGUUUAACGAAGCUUCUUAAAACUUGCACCAUACCUGCCAUAUUUCUGGUUUGUGAUUGCAAUAAAUUAUCAACAUUACCGGUUUCAUUACGUUCUUUAAUUCUUUAUCAUUUCCAAAUUCCAUUACUCACCGAAGAAGAUCGAAAAUCUAUAAUUAUGCAUGAAGUUGAUGAGCCAGAUCUCAUCGAUAUUGCUACCAUUGUCCAUCAGACAAGCGGAUUUACUUUAUCUGAUCUGCAUGCUGUUCUAUCGGAUGCAUUAUUUCGGAAAAAUACUACAAAUUCGCCGAAACUAAAAACCGAACAUUUCAUAUGGGCGAUUGAUACGCGUAAUAAAAGAUUAGCUGAUAAAGUUGGAGCACCCGCUAUACCAAAAGUGACAUGGGACGAUGUUGGUGGUUUAGAGGAUGUCAAACAAAUUGUUAUUGAAAGUUUAAUUCUGAAUUUGCAAGGGAAAAAGAAUAUGAGACGUAGUGGUGCUUUGUUGUAUGGUCCUCCUGGUUGUGGUAAAACACUCAUUGCUAAAGCUAUCGCAAAUCAGUUUAAAAUAACUUUUCUAAGUGUAAAAGGACCCGAACUACUCAACAAAUAUGUUGGCCAAAGCGAAGCAAAUGUUCGCAAAGUGUUUGAGAAAGCGCGACAAGCUGAGCCUUGUGUAUUAUUCUUCGAUGAACUCGAUUCUCUUGCUUCAAAACGAGGUCGUUGCGGUGAUUCUAAUCGUGUAGUUGAUAACAUUGUAUCACAGUUGACUGCAGAAUUAGAUUGCUUGGAAGAUUCAAAAAUCUUUAUUUUGGGUGCUACAAAUCGGCUUGAUUUGUUAGACUCAUCGCUACUGAGGCCAGGAAGGUUUGACAAAAUCAUUGAAGUAAGUGGAACAAGGGAUGUUGUAACACGUGAACGUAUACUUCGUGCAGCUAGCAGAAAUAUAACAUUUGCCGAUGAUGUUGAUUUGAAAGAAAUUGCAGAAUCGUGUGGUCAUUUGUCAUCGGGAGCAGAUUUGCAUGCAGUAAUUUCCCGUGCACAAAUGGAUGCAAUACGAAAGCGAAUUGAAGCUAUAGAAAUCGGAAUGGCAGUACCUGAGGAACAGCUUUUAAUCACACAGGAUAAUCUCAAAAAUGCAGUGAGUGAGAUAAUUCCAUCUCUUGGUGCAAAUUGCGGACAGUUGCAUGAACUCUAA